UCUCUGUCCACCGCCAUUCCCCAAUCCUAACGAAUCUUCUCCUCGGCGCCCUCCACGAAUUCUUUCCGGCCUUCGCUGCUCCUUUCUCUCCCAUUCCGUUCGAUUUUCACCUCGCCAUUCCCCAAAGCGAACUCCCGGCGGAGGACCGUUUCCUGCGUCCCGCUCUUUUUCUUUCUCGAGGGAAAAUAUAUACUUACCCAACACUCUUAGAGUAGCAUAAUGGCUGGAAUUGGUAGCACUCAGCAGAGCAUAAGAAAAGCCCUCGGAGCAUUGAAGGACUCCACAACAGUUGGAUUGGCAAAAGUAAACAGUGAUUACAAGGAAUUGGAUAUUGCAGUUGUCAAGGCCACUAACCAUGUGGAACAGUUGCCAAAGGAGAAACAUAUGCGCACUAUUUUCGAUGCUGUAUCGGCUUCGAGACCUCGUGCUGAUGUUGCAUAUUGCAUCAAUUCUCUAGCUAAACGGCUCACCAAAACAUCCAAUUGGGCUGUUGCCUUGAAAACUUUGAUUGUCUUCCAUUGUUCUUUGAGAGAAAUUGAUCCCUCAUUUCAUGAAGCACUCAUCAAUUAUACCAGGAGCAGAGGUCGUAUGCUGAAUGUAUCCCAUUUCAGGGAUGACUCAAGUCCAAAUGCAUGGGAUUAUUCUGCUUGGGUUCGAACAUAUGCUUUGUAUCUAGAGGAGUGGCUAGAGUGCUAUGGCAUAUUGAAGUAUGAUGUCGGGACAGAACACUCUAGAACUUCGGAACUUGACACUGCUGAUUUGCUUGAGCAAUUACCUGCUUUGCAACAGCUGCUUUUUCGUCUGCUUUGUUGCCAGCCAGAGGGUUCAGCUGUAUAUAAUAGCAUGAUUAGAUAUGCACUUUCAAUUGUAGCUAGUGAAGGUAUUAAGAUAUACUGUGCAAUUAAUGAAGGAACUCUAAAUUUGGUGGACAAGUUCUUUGAGAUGCAACACCAUGAUGCCAUCAGGGCACUUGAAAUUUAUCGGAAGGCAGGGUAUCAGGCGGAGAGGCUGUUUGAUUUCUAUGAGUUCUGUAAGGGUCUUGAUCUGGGUCGGGGCAAAAAUUUUGUUAAAAUCGAACAGCCUCCUGCAUCAUUUAUUGCAGCAAUGGAAGAGUAUGUGAAGGAUGCUCCACGUGCUUUACCUCCUAAUCAGAAUGUGGUAGAUGGUGACAGAGGAGUAACUCCUCGAGCCAUCUUGGCCAUUGAGCACAAAAAAUCAAAGGAUGAUCAUGAAAACUCUGACCUGAUCCUGGCGCCAACCCUUGCAAAACCUGAACCUUCUGCAGCUGAGAUUGCUGAAGCUCCAGAACAAGCUCCAGUAACUGAACUCUUGGGUUUGGAUGAUUUCAACCAGUGUGCAACAAAAUUGGAAGAGGAAAAUGCCCUAGCACUCGCAAUUGUUGGUGAUGAUAAUCCAUUAAAAAAUACAAAUAAUUCCAAUCUUACAAGUGAAACUGCUUCUGGAUGGGAGCUUGCACUUUUUGAUUUUCCUAGUUCCAAUAGUAGUGCUGUCGCAGAGAGCAAACUGGCUGGUGGGCUAGACAAGUUGACCCUGGAAAGUUUAUACGAUGAUGCAAUUGCAAGAAGAACAAAUCCUGGUGAGAGCUACCAGAUGGGUCAAAUGGCGCCGAAUCCCUUUGAUGCAGUUCAACACCCCCAAGAUCCUUUCUAUGCCUCCAACACUAUAACACCACCUGCCAGUGUGCAGAUGGCCGCGAUGGCGCAGCAGCAAGCAUACAUGAUGCAGCAGCAGCAGCAACCAUUGAGACAGGAUGGCAGUAAUCCCUUUGGCAAUCCAUAUGGAGCCCUAGGUGUUCCAUCUUACCCUCCUCAUAAUCCAUACACAGGGUACAUGUAAGAUGGCGAUGAGCUUGGGAUUACAAGAAGGGUGUCUGGUGCUCAAUGGUGAAGAAAGAGAACUCAGGAGGCUUGGUUGUAAAUAAGCGGGCAGUAUGUCUAGUCAUCUCGUCAUUGUUCAUAUUCUUCAUUCAUAUUGAGGUCCUUUUUCUGGGUAUACUCUGAAAGCUGCAAAUUGAAAUCACAGUUGUUCCAUACAGUCUCAUAAUUCGGUUGAUCCCUUUUGGGUUAUAAAAUUUGGUUAACUUGGUUGUGCUGUUCUGGCU